GUCACACGUCACUCGCUCAAAGAUCGGAACCGGAUGUGGUCAUUGAAAAUAUUGCACCGCGUUAGGUGUACUAGCCAUGGAGUCAACCGAUAAUAACAAUGCUAUAAAGCUCUUUGUGGGUAAUCUGGCAUUGGACACCUCUCAAGAGGACCUCUUGCAGCUCUUUGCGCCAUACGGACAGGUGGUGACCUGUAGUGUACUCCGGCAGUUUGCUUUCAUCCAUCUUCAAGGAGAGGGUGCAGCCGAUCGAGCCAUACGAGAUCUGAAUGGACGGGAGUUUCGUGGGCGCAACCUGGUAGUGGAAGAGUCACGCGGACGGCCCCUGCACUCCACCAAGGUGUUUGUGGGCAACCUUAGUGCCAUGUGUUCUGCUGAGGAUUUGCAAGAGCUCUUUCAGACCUUUGGGAAAGUUCUAGAGUGUGACAAGGUCAAAGCGAGGCUCUCUUCCUCCGCGGGCUAUGCGUUUGUGCACAUGGAGCGCAAGGAGGACGCCCUGGUGGCUAUCGAGGCUCUCCAUGGCACCACCUUCAAGGGCCGGCCGCUCUCCGUGGAGCUCUCCAAAGUGCAGCCCAGUAAACCCACCACGACCACGGCCAAGGUGCCCAUCAUGAGUCACUACGCCACAGAGACCCCCUCCAUCAAGCCCCACAUGGAGCACCACCAGAGCCAGGCGGCCGUGCUGGCAGCCGCGGUCGCCGCCGCUGCCGGCCUCCCUUUGCAGGUGCAGCAGAGUCUGCACAACUCCGUCUACAACACAACCAGCUUCGAUCCCACCUAUGCCGCCCUUAAGGGCAUGACCUCUGCCGGCGGCUCGGAUGGAACCCCAGUGAGCCCCGCUGUGUACGGGGCCCUUGCCAGCCAGGUCUACGGCUCUGUCGCCGAUCAGGUGUUGGACUCGAUGAGCAAACAGGCGGCCAGCUAUCAGAAUUCGGGUGCCUCUGACACGGCGGGCUACGACAGUCAGUACGACCCCGCGGCCGGCGAGGCUCCGUCGGGCCAGGCGGCCGUCAACCCGGCCUACAGCGGGGCCUCCGCCCUCUACAACGCCAGCUCGGCUUACGGCACGGACGCCACGGCCCAGGCCAUCUUCGAGGCGGCACGGGCCCGCUUCUUCCAGCAGGGCCAGCAGGUUCUAGCCGAGCAGCAGGCCGGGACCAAAUCAGGAGACCGGGACCGCAGUCCAGUACGGCGCUCCACGCCGCUGCUGCCUGACCCCGUGCCCCAGGCUUUCCCCCAGCCACGGCCCAAACGCCGCGCUCUCCUGCCGACGCCUCCCGGUCGACCUGAAGACCCUGCUGCUGUGGACGGAGACCCCAUCGCCAGAUGCUAUGCAGAGUAUUAUCAGCAGGUCCAGCAGUACCAACAGUACCAGCAGUACCAGCAGCAGUACCAGCAGUACCAGUAUGGCUACCCACCGCCACCCACGACCCAGAUGGCCUCCCACCAGAUGCCUAUGCAGGCCCCGCCCCCGACGGAGAGCCACCACCUGGCAGCGCCUUCCGCCUACGCCCCACCUAGAGCGUAUGACCCGCCUCCAUCACACAAGGAGCCCCUCCUCCACCGCCCUGACUACUCGCACCUCCACAUGCCUGAGCCCCCGUACCGAUAACCCGCUAGAUGGCAGUGAGGGUGUGUGUGUGUUUUGAGUGCUGUAUGUGUGACAGUAGUUCUGGUCCGAAUGUGCAUCGCUGCAAGUUUGCUCAUUUAUGAUCCCUGCCCACAGUUUUGAGGCCAUUCUUUUCUGAACACAUUCCUGACUACUUGUUACUUUAUGGUAGGCUAGGUCUUAUGUGUUUUGACAAGAAAGCUUCCCCCACAAUACAGUAACCUGUUUUGGGAUGUUUUUAUGGGAGUAAGGAAGUGUUUUGAUGUUGCAUAGCGGCGCUCUUACUUCCUUAACCAUUCCCUUAUUUUAGGAAAGCAUAAAUUGUCAAAUUUGCGAGAACAUUCAUUCAAACCAGAGGAGUGCCUUGUUAUAUACCUAGCUGAAAUAUUUUGUAAAAUAAAUGUGUAUAUAUUUGAGCGUAGAAAGGAUGCUCCCAAAUCGAUCCAUGCAUUUUGUUAGCAGGCUUUUGCCUCUGUCAUCAAAGCGAGCCUUUAGUUCACAGAGCUUUAAUUUUCCAUUGGCCCGAUUUGGUUUCAUAAUUUGUAUUGCCUCUUCAAAGACUUCAUAUCAAAAGUCAAUGUUCCAAGAUGUUCCGGCAUAUGUAGGUCUUUGGUCAAUAAAAUGGGUAUUUCAUUUAGAGCUUGUGUUUGAAAAGGUUUGAAGCAAUGACCCAAGUAGUUUUCCAUCACCUUAUUUGGACACGAGGACCAGUGUGAGUGAGUGUAUGUAUGUGUGUACAUUUAGACAUUCUAGGGGAACAACUAAAGCAUGAUGCCUUCACUUUUUAAAACACAGGAACACACAGGCACACACACUCAGUCAUCAGACUUUCUCCCCAUACAAUGUGGGGCUUUGGGAAAGACUCAGGCGCUUUACCGCAACAAAAUGUCAAGUCUCCGCUGGCGUGAUAAGCAAAAAACCCAACCUUUUCCUUGCCCCCAGCCAGACUGUGGGAAUGUAGACCCUCCCCAUGUCUCUCCUGACUCCCAUUAGAACUGAUCAAAUGUCUCAGAUAGACAGGCCAACAAAGCAGACCAUUUUAGUAAGACAGUCUACAACUAUAAACUUGCAUUUUCUUGGGGAACUGUUUUUUUUUUUCUUUUUUUUUCUCUUCACAGAUUUGUGAAUUCUAUCCUCUUGUAGUAGUAUUAUGAACACUAUCCUGGUGACUUUUAAUUGGUUGGACCCGCAUUUGGUCCUGACGUAAAAUGGUGAUGUGGAAAGAUCUGCCGCUGGCAAGUGCAUGCACAGGGCUUCCUUCAAGCAGGCCUUUCAGGAUCUGAGGCAAUGAAGUGCCAUUUUGCACUUGGCCUAUUCUACAAAGGACACAAACUAGUGGGCUUUUCACACGGUACAUUGUGUGGUUUCAUUGUGUAAACAGGACAAAAAAAAUAUUUUACGUUUUCCCUUUUCUUUGUUUUCUUUUGGUUGAAGUGAACUUCCUGUGCGAUAGUGGUAGUUCUAUUCUGUGAGCGUAUUUACUUCAAUUGGACCAUCAAAUUCCUUAAUUGUCUAAAAUAGAAUGUGUAGCCCUUAGGCUCCCUAGUUUGAACAAAGCAUAUUCAUUUUUUUUAUUCAAUAUGUAACCUAUGGAAGUGUUAAGCCUCUCAAGCUUAAUAAAAGCAGGAGCAAUUUGGUUUGAGAAUAAAACAACACCAUGCGAGUGUUUUUAUUCUAAAUUAAAAUAAAUGUUAUCCCAACCGGUUUACAUACAGUGCCUUCAGAAAACUCCUUCACUUACUCCAGAUUUUAUGUUAUAGACUUAAUUUAUAAUUAUUUUUUGCCAUCAAUUGUCACACAAUACCCCGUAAUGAUAUUAUGAAUUUGUUGCCAAUUUAAUGAAAAUGUAAAACUGAAGUCUCUUAUGUACAUAAGUAUUCAGACCCUUUGUCACUCCAAAUCAAUCUCAGAUGAAUUUUGUGUCCUUUGAUCAUCUUUGGGAUAUAUCUAGAACUUGAUUGGAGUCCACCUACUGCAAAUUCAAUGGAUUGAAAAUAAUUUACAAAAGGGCAUAUUCGCAGGUGCAUGUUAAAGCAUAGACCGAGUCUUAGGAACUCUGCUGCCCUUUUGAGAUAACAUUUUCUAGAGACACAAAUCUUAAAAAUAUUUGCUAAGGAAUUGGAAUUUGCAGGAUGACUGUGGGCUUAAUCAUUGUGAAAUAAAAGUUACCAACAACAAAACUCGUCCUAGAGCUGACUGUUUUGAACAAACUGAGUAACCAGACAAGAAGGGCCAUGAUCAGUGAGGUGAAUAAGAACCUAAUGGCCUGUUUAACAGCGCUUCGUCGUUGCUAUAUGGGAUGGAAGCUAUUUCAUCCCAUAUGACAUGCAGCCGAUUCUCUGGUUUAUUGAGACCCAUUGAGCCUGAAUGUAAAGCGUCUGGCAAAAACAAGGAACUGCGCAUAACCUAAUUAAUAACAUGAAGCAUCGUGGUGGAAGCAUCAUGCAGUGGGAAGGAUUUUAAGUAGCAGGAACCAGGAGAAUUCCUUGAAAACCUGAUUGCAUAGAACCUGAAACUGGGCGAAGAUUCAUCUUUUAGCGCUGCAAUGACCCGAAACACAGAUUAUGCUGUGUGGCCUUGUGACAAGUCUGUCUUUUAGUGACCCAGCCAAAUCCCAGACUUGGAAACCUAUUAAACAUCUAUGGGGAGACCUGAGGUUCGCAGUUCAUUGAUGCUCCCCAUCUGAUCUUACAGAGAUUUAGAGGAUCUGCAAGGACGAAUGGGAGAAACUUCCCAAAUCCACGUGUGCAAAGCUGGUAGAGACAAAACCAAGAAGAAUCGACGCUGUGAUCGCUGCCAAUAGGGCAUCUGAGAAGUACUGAAAAAUGGCUGAAUACCUUCACUAAAAAGAAUUCAAUAAAUUGUCACACAUUUCUAAUGUUUUUCACCUUUGUCAUUAUGGGGUACUGUGUGUAGAUUGAUGGCACAGAAAAUCUGUUCCAUUGUAAAUUCAGUCUAUAACAAAAUGGAGAAAAAAAGGGGUUCUGAAUCCUUUCUGAAAAUACUGUAUAAGACAUGCGAUUAAACUUGCCAUCAAAUCAUUUUUCCAUGUUUCUUCAAAGGAUUAACUACUUGUUUCAGUGUUGCUGGUCUAAAUGGAAACACUUUGUUCAAAGACAAAGUUGCCACUUACAUUUUAGUUGUUCUCAAUCCUGUGAACUACCGCAAGAUUAUUUCGAAGUGGUCUCUAUUUGGCUGUAACUCGUCAGUCUUCACCUAAGCAGCUGAUGCAAUAAACCUCAUGGCAGCGUGUGGUUGAGAUUUUUUGCCUCAGGUGUUACAAAGGCCUUUAACUGUCGCAUUCAUCAUUAGGAUAUAUCUAGAAUACAUCUGUAGCCCUAUUGCUUCAAAGUGGUUUGAUGUAGUGGUGGGAUGUAUGGUUACGGAUCGGUUUUCAAUUCUGUCAUAUCUCCUUGAUUCUGGUUCCCAUGGUAACAUGCACGUUCUGUACGACACCUGCUUUUUGCACGCACACACACACACACACACAGACACACAUUCCUUCAUGGCUUUUUGUGAUGUUAAAGACUGUAGUGCAUGACUUUGUUACUCUUACUGCUCUUCCAGCCACGUUUUCCCUUCUCGCUAAUUAUUACAGCUAAAAUGGCUCCUGGGCCCCUGGACGCCAUGUUGCGUGUGACGGGGGGAAGAGAAUUAGUCGCGCAAUGCCGUGGACGCAGUCCCCACCAAGGUAAAGCCCUCAGUCCCCGACCACGCCUGCACUUCGACCACACACUUCCCUCAUUGAACCCAUUCCUCCUGCACGACGAGGCACCCCAUCCUAUAAUUUUUUUGAGGUCUGUAAUUCUGGAGCCCAAUAAGACGUAAGGCCUGAAGAUGUCUGGCCAUAUCCAGUGUCUUGGUGAGGUGACUCUGCCCUCGUUUGAGUCCCAGUAUUGGGUAUAUCCAGGCACAUAGACUAUCUAGCCUUCGCAGACCCGUCUGACCUCGGUCAGGUUUCCUGUUAGAUAUGUCUGGAAAUAUCCAGCCUUUCCAUGGCUCUUUCUGAUGCCAUGUUCCAUAAGGGAAUUAGUCCAAUCACCCACUGUAGUCAGGGAUUUUUAUUUUCUUUGGUCCUGUUGAUGAAUUGUUUAGCCAAAUUGAAAUGAACUACAACGAUAUAAUGUCAACCAAUAAAUCCCUGACAGAUUUUCUUUGGGACGGGGGGGCUGUACUGAAACAAUUCUAGGAAAACCAUCCUGUUGUGAUUGAGGGUGACUAGAUUGGGCUAUUCUGGAUUUGUUGCGUAUGCUUGUGUUGUGGCAUAUUUCUCUGAGGUAUUUCCAGUGAGACAAGACUUGAAUUCACUCUCAAAACUGAGGUGUUCCAGCUGUGCUUUGAACGGCUAAGGACCCAGUGGCACGCUAAGGGCCAGAUGAACGGAGGGGAGGUAGGGCUAUCGACCUCAGUCCCCCGCAUGCUGGGUGAGUAACAAAUGCACCACCAACCGGCUCAAAUCCACCCACCCCCCCUCCUUCAGUCGGCAACACAACGUCCACCCCUCUCUGAUUCCAUAGCCACUAGAUCUACAGGCCCACAUUACCUAGACAAAGCUGUCCACAGCUGCGUUAGCUUAGAAGAUGUGGACAUGAAGAGGACAACUUUCGUCAUUCUCCUUUUCCCUGUCUAGUAACAUGAAACAUUUACAUCAAUCUUGUAGCGAACUUUGAAUGGGAACCAUAAUGUUACGUGAUUCAUUGAUUUUGUUUUGGUCUGUGGAACAGGCAGCCCGAUUCAGAUGUUUGUCUUUUAGUUGGAUUUUAAACCGAUCGUAUAUCUGGCCAAUUUGUUGGACAAAAGAUCUGAAUGGGGCUUCAUAUACUCUAAAAAGGCCACAAUAUUUUUAGUGAACACUUUGGAUUGCUGUUUUUCAGACUUCAGUGGCCUACCUCUAUGAAUGAGGGCUGGGUGCUGGACCAUAGCUGGACUGUAUUGGCCUACGAUACACUGCACAGUUUAUAACAAUGUUCCCCUUUUCACCUCUUACAUUCUGCACAAUCAGAACUAAUCACAUACUAAUAAAUCCAGUUCCCCCUUCCGCAAUCUUUUGUGCAACUUCUGAAAAUAUAUUCGACACACUUGAGCUCACGGAUUUAGACAAGUUGUAGGUAAGAUCAAGGCCUCAUUAGAAACCAGUGGAAAACGGCAGGUGGCCGAUUGGAUAACAAUGUAUUUGAAAGAUCGCCUGGAUUCUUAAUUGAGGAUGUUUUCAUUUUUGUCAAAUUAGUUUCAAUUCUCAGACAAUUGUACUCUGUUCUUUGUAAGACUUAAUAAAUGACAUUGAAACAAA